UCCUAUGAGAGCUGCGAUUUUCUGUUAAGCUUUAUCGGCCUGUACCAUGAGGAGGAGUGUCUGUGGCUGACGUCCUCACCCGACUACAGCAACAAACAGAAGAGGGAGGCUGCUUAUAACCCGCAUGGUGGAGUACUCAAAGCCCACCUACUUUGCUGCCUCGGUGGCCUGGGUCCGGAAGAAAAUUGGCAAUCUACGGACAGUUUUUGUCAAAGAAAACCGCAAGGUGGAGGAGUCCAAGAGGUUAGGGGCCGGUGCAGACAAGGUGUAUGUGCCGCAGCAGUGGUACUACAAAGAACUGCAGUUCCUCCUGGAGAAAAGGUCAGCUAAGGAGUCCCUAGUGGUGAUGGCAGAGUCCGAGGAGGGAAGUCUGGACGUGGAAGAGGCCGAAGGGACACAAGACCUACAGACUCCUGAAGAAGACCUCAGCCGUACCCCUGCCCUCAACACCUCACCAGAGGAACCAAACUCUGUACAGCGACAGGGUGCCAGGAGUAAGCCACGGAAAACCAAAUUUGUUGAAGACCCCCUACUAUUGGAGGCCCGUUCACAGCUACUCCAGAAACCAGAUGAAUUUCAUGACUUUGCGUCAUAUGUGAUCAAAACCAUGCGUAAGGUUUCCGCGCAGCAGCAAGUAGAGUGCCAGUGCCUGGUGUCACAGGUUUUGUACCAAACACUCUCAGGACAAGUGACACCAGAGUGGAAUGUUCAUGGGCCAGAACCUCAAGCACCUGCUCCUCAUCUCCCAUAGACUUUCAGUUCACCACCCAACUACCCUUCCUCCAGUACCCAUCCUUCUCCGCAUCAUAGCUACCAUUCCGGGUUAUCCGCAACCGCAGACCCCAUCCAACUACCCUUCCUCCACAUUCCAUGCUACUCAAGCCCCUCAUCAUCAAACCAGCCAACCUUCCCGUUAUCGUCAACCCCCACCCCCAUCCACCCACCCUUUCCCCCCCCCACUAUCCAAUCUCCUCCUCAAACCAGCUACCCUUCCCAAGCCAGCCACACAUCCAUCGUCCCCUCCACAAUUUUGACCUCCUUGAUGUCACAGAGGGCACAAGAGGAGGAGAUUGAGGUUCCCCGGAACCAACAACCUGCCCCUAGCAGCAUGUGUGUAUUGUGCACCUUAAAGCGGUACCACUCUUAACCGUGGUUUUCAUGAUGCAGCACAUGUGCAUCAUUACAUUUAUGAAAUUUAAAAAAAAAUUGCUAUAUAUAGCGAUAUGGUGCAUUCUGAUACGGCGUUCAGUGGCAUCCCUACUAG